AAGACUCGCUCUUCAUGUUCGUCCAAACGCAAGCUUAGGUCAAAACGCGACGAAAACGAUGACUCCUCCACGACGCCGAAAAAACUCGCUACGCGCCGAUCCAAUCUUACACCCACAACCAAGAUAUCAACGGAAAACCAAGAACUCAAACUCACCCUCUCAUGUAUAGUCAAGAAUAACAACUGAAUACGCUUUCGUCCUCAUCCUGGAGUUGCGCCCAACACUGAAAUGGAUUUUGCUAUGCUUUUCUCUUACGCGUGGAAUGGAAGAAAUUGAAGAGAGAAGAAUAACCUACCAGAUUCAUCGAUUCAUCGCGUUGCGCUCGUCGAUUUGUCACGCCGCGUUAUGUUGUAGAACGGAGAUGAAGAGUUACGUUCCGUCGCCGAAUGAAUGUGAAGAAUGAAGCGUUGGAAUAUUGUGAUGGAGAUGAGGAUUCGCGAUCGAUGUCGUAGAGUUGAAGGAUGAAGCUUCGAGUUUGUGCAUUGUGAAUCGGUUGAGAUGAUUAUGAUGCUCCGAUUUGCGCCUCCGAAACACGAACAGGUAAGAAUCGAUCCUUUUCUUCUUUUGUUACGAUUCUCUGCGUUGUUUCUUUCUUUCAUUUGAAGGUUUGUAUUGUGUGGUUCUUCUGACUGGGUUGAAGGUUGAGGGUGGAGAGAAGACGAGAACCAGGUUGAAGGUGAUGAACGGGGAGUGAAGAGGAUUGAGGGUGAAGUCCGAAACCGAUGAAUAAUCUCCUCCCUAAAAAAAUCCUCUGGAAUAUGAUGAAGGUUGUUCGGUAUAUGUUGUCGGCGGGUUGCUUUGGUUUGCAUUGCCGUUUUGGAUUUGUAUGUAGCUUUUGGCUUUGGCUCGCGUCGCCAUCGGCUCCAGCUGGUGCGUGUUGCUGCAACGGUGUUGUUGUUGCUGUCGGCUUGUGCAGCGUGUGGUUGCAGCUUGAUGUCGUUUAUGCUUGGUUAUUCCGUUUUGUUUUGAAUUGGAAAUUUGCCUUGCGUUUGGAUUGCGUAUGUGGCUUAUACCAGCUGGUUUUAUGUUGCAGCUUGUGGUUUGUUCUGCAGCUUAUGCAGCUUUCUUUCAAAUUCGUGUUUUGUCCUGUUGCAAUUCUUUUGUAUUACUUGAAACCACACUUGGGCUUGGGCUAGGUAAUUUGGAAUGGGUCAAUAAAAAAGAAAUGGAUAAAAAGGUUUUGUGUAGUUUGUAAAUUGUAAUGGUUGUAAACAUUGGUUAGUAUUGGAUUAGAUUUUGGUUAAUGUAAUUAAUUUGGAAAAUUAUUAUGAUUAA